AUGCAAUGCUCAAGCGACGCGGUCGUCGAUAAAAUAUUUUGUGUUUCUUUGUGCACUUUCGAGAAACUUCUUCGACUAGACAUGGAGAUUGAGUCCGCCAACUGCAAAACCCGUGUGUCAGAAUGUACGGACCUAGAACAACUGUCGAUAGAACGACCUUUGAAGAUUGAUCAACAAAUCGAUGCCUUAGAGACCCUCGUAGUAGAACUUCACAAAGUAUUCUCAAAGAAUCACGUCAAUGUGCAAGAAGUUCAAAAGCUGAUGGCUGCGUACAAGUCUGAUCCGAAACAUUGGAAGAAGUAUGCAAAGUUUGAUCGUUUUAGAUAUACACGUAACUUGGUUGAUGCUGGUAACGGAGCCUUCAACAUCAUGAUCCUUUGCUGGGGUCCAGGACAUGCCUCUGCCAUCCACGACCACGCUGACUCGCAUUGUUUCAUGAAAGUCCUUAGUGGCAGCUUAGAAGAAGUCAGAUAUGAUUGGCCAUACAACGUUGAACCUGAAGUAUUGAAGAAAUUGAAGAAGCGCCAACAGCGACGGUGUUGUUCAGAAAGUGAAGAAAUAAAUGGGAAUCUUAAAGAGUUGGAUAUAAAUGAUGAACAUGUAACUUCCGACCAAUAUUCCUAUCAGAACUGUGAAGAAGAUGGAGAAACGCACUGUGACAGCGGCUACGAUGCACAGAGUAUGCAAGAAAUUGGCAGAACUCGUCUAGAUUUGGAUGACGUUUGCUAUAUUAAUGAUGCCCUCGGUCUGCAUAGAAUGGAGAAUUCCUCUCACGUAGAUGGCGCUGUCUCCUUACAUCUCUACUGCCCACCGUUUGACAGUUGUCGGGUGUUCGAUUCCCGCACAGGCAAGCCGACUGAAGUACAAGUCAUGUUCUGGUCUAUGUAUGGGAAGAAGAUUAAAAGGGUCAUAGAAGUAAAUCCAGCUGACAGUCAAGUG